AUGGAGUCAUGGCUAUCCUGGACUAGCCUCUUCCUGGCUAUCGGCUUUACUGCCACAGCCUGCAUAUUUACGCUCAUUGUCCUCAUCUACGCUCUCGCCAAAUCACAAAACAGCCAAGUCCCCAAAUGGCGCCCGCGAAACUCCCCGGUUCAUCUUCUAAUAGUCCUCGGUAGCGGCGGCCACACAGCCGAGAUGUUCUCUAUGCUCCGGCGCAUGAACCUAGAUCCGUCCAAAUACACCCAUCGAACCUACAUCGUAAGCUCUGGGGACAAUUUCAGCGCGACGAAAGCUGUUGAGUUCGAAACAACCCAUAUAAACCAUCAUGUCAAUUCCAAUGCCAAAGCCGCAUCGCCAGACCCCUCCUACACCAUCGUCACGGUACCCCGCGCCCGUCGCGUACACCAAUCCUACCUGAGUGCGCCUUUCUCUACACUGAACUCCUUCUGGUCCUGUCUCUCGGUCUUGCGUGGUCUUCAUCCGGACCAGAGCCGACAUUCUCGCCCAGCGUCGCAUCUAUCCUCUCCAUACCCGGACCUCAUCCUCACCAAUGGCCCUGCCACCGCGGUCUGCGUCGUCGUUGCCGCCCGGCUACUUCGUCUAUGGCUGUUCUUGUGCGGGCUGAUUUCUCCUUCUGCGCCCGGAAAAAGCACAUCAGAAAGUGACUCUGCAACAGCGCCAGUGCUCGCGCCGGGUACCUACCAGCUGCGCACAAUCUUCGUAGAAUCGUGGGCUCGCGUGACUACAUUGAGCCUGUCGGGGAAGCUCCUGUUGCCUCUGGCAGAUCGAUUCCUGGUUCAGUGGCCCGCAUUAGCAGGGAAGAAGGCGUGGCCGGGAAUGAAAGAGACAGAAUACGUUGGUACACUUAUGGAUUGA